UUACAAACAGCUUCUUAAGUUAGUUACUUCUUCUAAGUUAUACCCUUAUACAAGGGUUAUACUUAGCUUCGUUUGUUCCGCUCACCGUACCAUCAACUGCUCUCUAAAGCUAAAGGAACUUUGCUAAAGAACCGGUACUGUGUUUUUAUUUGAACGUCAGCGGUACAACGGUGCUCGUCUAGAAGGAAAUCUUCCUCUCUCCAAAACAGUUCCUGUUUUAUGUUUUGCUUCGUGCUCGAAUAGUUACUCAUAUACAUUAGUUCGUACGGACCGGUAACCAUUACGUGUGACACCGCGAACCAUAUCGUCUGAAUAAAUUUCACGGUGGAAUUUGGCUGCGGGUCAGAAAUUGUUCGCUCGAAAACCUGAAUAUAACGACAUUUUCUUUAAACCAUCUGAGAUUUGUCACGCGAAGAAACAGAUAUUUGACUUAGAAAGAAGAGCAGGAUAAUGGAGAACGUGACACAAAAUGGAAUCAUCUUUGUUGAAAAUAAGCAAGAGAAGAACAAGGACAUCGACAAAACCAAGAUGAUUGCUGAAGAAAAUGGAUUCAGAAAUACAAGCAUUGAUUCCUCAAAUUCCAGUAAAAAUGAAUCAAAAUUACAGGACGCCAUCCAUCGCACUUUAGGAAUAAGUGUUUUUGGAUUAAUGCGAGCUUUAAAUAUAGCCUACGUACCGUUGUUUAUAUACCGAUUGUUUGAGAAACGAGAAAAGUAUAUACCCAUUUCUGAUCCGAUACUGAAGAUACCAGCGUCCGAAUUAACACAGAAAAUAAGGAAAAAAGAGAUAUCUUGCGUGGAAGUUAUAGAAAAAUAUAUUGCAAGAAUCAAAGAAGUUAAUCCAAUUAUAAAUGCAGUCAUUGAAGAUAGAUUCGUUCAAGCACUAGAAGAAGCAAAAAAACUGGACCAAUGGAUUAAUUCCGAUGACUUUGUAAAAAAUCAAGAUAAGAUUGCGAAUGAGUACCCCCUUUUAGGUGUACCAAUUUCAGUGAAAGGCAGUAUUGGCGUAAAAGGGCUUAAACAUACCAGUGGUAUGGUUACUAGAAAUAAAAUCACAGCUGAGGAUGAUGCUGUUUCGGUCAAACAAGCAAAAAAAGCAGGAGCUAUUCCUCUGUUAGUGUCUAAUGUCCCUGAGCUUUGCAUGAACUGGGAGACAUCUAAUAAACUAGUUGGAACAACGAAAAAUCCUUACGACACAACAAGGACCUGCGGUGGAUCUUCAGGAGGCGAGGGUAGUCUUCUUGGUUCAGGAGCCUCACUUAUCGGUAUUGGAUCAGACAUUGCCGGAUCCUUACGUUUGCCAGCCCAUUUUUGCGGAGUGUAUGGACAUAAACCUACGCCCUCCACUGUUUCCGAUAGUGGGCAUUUUCCCAACAGUACCGACCGGGAGCAGUGGGAAGGAGCGUUUACUAUAGGACCAAUGAGCAGAUACGCUAAGGAUUUAAGGACUCUGUUGAAAGUGAUAGUCAAACCCGAAAAACAAGAACAGUUAAACUUAGACGAAAAGGUCGACAUAAAGAAUGUAAAAGUACAUUACAUCAACGAUUAUCCGGACAAUUCCUGCGACAAGACUAGUCAAGAAUGUUCAAACGCAGUUCUUAAAGUAGUUGAUUACUUUAGCAAAACUUCAAACGCAGAACCUGAGAAAGUUGAUUUUCAUCAGCUUCAAUUUGCUGGAGAAUUGGCUGCAAUACACUUGCUUCAAAUAGACGACAUUAAUGAUAUUUUUGACAAUAAUGACAGCUGUACUACAACUGAAUAUCUUAGGUACUUGACAUUCAGGUCGAAGCAUACUUUUAUGCCAAUAUCCUAUAGCGUUUUGAAGAAAAUUGUUACUUCUUUACCGAAAAACUAUAAAGAAAAAAUAGCAGAAGAUCUAACUUCAUUACGAAAUAAAUUUCAAGAAACUCUAGGAGACAAUGGCAUUUUGGUAAUGCCAACAUAUCAUGUGGAAGCUUUUAAACAUGGAGACGCAUUAAAAUAUGCGCUUAAUAAUGGAUAUAUGUCGAUUUUUAAUGCUUUGGGUUUCCCUGUUACUAAUUGUCCGGUGACGUUAACCAAAGAAGGCCUACCAGUUGGUAUACAAGUUGUGGGUAUGCCCUAUUCCGAUAAACUUACGUUGGCAAUAGCUGAAGAAAUCGAGAGAGCAUUCGGAGGCUGGAGGGAACCGCAGAAAUAAAAUGGAAUAUGUUUAAUAUUGCUGGUUGUAUAAUCUGUGAUUUAAUAAUUAGGCAUUAAGCUAUAUAAAAUAUUAAGGCAAAUAAAAUGUUUAAUAGUAUUCAAUACACAUAUCAUUUUGUGUAAGGUGUACAUAUUACUUUAUUGUAUUGAGUUUCUUUAACAUAUUUUUAUAUCGUAUGCAAUGUAGGAUUGUAUUAAAGAAUUUAUGUGAUCUUGAUUUUUUUAAAAACAGAUAUUUUUAUAAAAUUUUGGCUAGCAAUUUUUUUAUUUAUAAAACUAUGGUAAAUAUGGAUACAUCAUGCUAAUUGUGAUAAAAACUUUCAAUUUUGUAUUUUAGAGUAAGUGUUUAACGUCACAUUUUAUAUAUAUGUUUUAAAUAUUAUUAAUAAAUCUGGAAAUUGAAAUUAAA